UUAAAUUUGGAGGUACAAUGCUGUAAUAGAAAGAAAUGAAGGUAGGAUGCUAUAAUACACAAAUAAAUAAAAGUAUACUUGUUGCAUUUAGCAUCUUCUACAAUAUACAGGCUCUAUUUAUGGUUUGUUUGCUGUUUGAUAUGCCAGUUCAUUUUCCCUCAUCUUUGGCAGGUGUCAUUAGAUCUUGUUAAAAGCUUGUAUGCAAAGUUCAUUGAUUGGGAUAUAAACAGAUGAUUGACCUGGAGACUGGCACUUCAGCCAAUGCAACAAACACAGCAAUAAGUGAAGAUCUGGGUCAAGUUGAGUACAUACUGACAGAUAAAACAGGGACACUUACAGAAAAUAAGAUGAUUUUUAAGAGAUGUUGCAUUGCGGGGACAUUCUUUGGUAAUGAGAAUGGAGAUGCUGUGAAAGAUGUGGAGCUUCUCAAUGCCAUCAAUACUGCUUCACCAGAUGCUAUUAGAUUUCUGACGGUUAUGGCAAUAUGUAACACUGUCAUUCUAUCAAAAGGUGAAAGUGCUUUGCUUUUUCUUGCAUUUCACUCUUGUUUCGCCAAGAAAGCUGCAUUUUGGUUUUUGUGUUUUCUGCAUGAUGUAAUUGUACCUGAAACAAAUAAUUACAGCCCAAGCGGAACGGUCUCAUAUAAGGCACAGUCGCAGGAUGAGGAAGCUCUAGUGCGUGCAGCUGCUUCCUUGCAUAUGGUUUUUGUUAACAAGAAUUCUAACAUACUUGAAAUAAACUUUAAUGGGUCGUUAAAGCAGUAUGAGGAGCAGAUUGAAACUAUUCUUCCAUGUGCAUAUGCGGGACAUCAAACCAAGACAUUUUCUGAAGCUGUAGAUCAAUAUGCCCAAAUGGGGCUACGGACUUUGUGCUUGGCUUGGCGUGAAUUAAAUGAGUUGGAAUAUCAAGAUUGGUCUGUGAUGUUUAAAGAGGCUAAUAGCACAUUAGUUGACAGAGAGUGGAGAGUAGCUGAGGUUUGCCAAAGAUUGGAACAUGACCUUGAAAUACUUGGGGUUGCUGCGAUAGAGGACCGUUUACAGGAUGGUGUGCCAGAGACGAUUGAAACCCUCAGAAAAGCUGGGAUAAAUUUCUGGAUGCUUACUGGUGACAAACAGAAUACCGCUAUACAGAUUGCUCUUUCCUGCAAUUUUGUUUCCCCAGAACCCAAAGGGCAGCUUCUGUUAGUUAAUGGAAAAACAGAAGAUGAAGUUUGCAGAAAUCUGGAAAGAGUUUUGCUUACAAUGAGGAUAACAAAAGCAGAACCUAAGGAUGUGGCUUUUGUGAUAGAUGGAUGGGCUCUUGAAAUUGCACUCAAGUAUUACCGGAAAGCAUUCACAGAGUUGGCAAUAUUGUCACGGACAGCUAUAUGUUGUAGGGUUACACCAUCCCAGAAAGCACAGCUUGUAGAGCUUCUUAAAUCUUGUGACUACAGAACCCUGGCCAUUGGGGAUGGUGGGAAUGAUGUGAGGAUGAUCCAACAAGCUGAUAUUGGUGUUGGCAUAAGUGGGAGAGAAGGACUACAGGCAGCAAGAGCAGCUGAUUACAGUAUUGGGAAGUUCAGGUUCCUUAAAAGAUUGAUACUUGUCCAUGGGAGAUAUUCAUAUAACCGCACCGCAUUUCUUUCACAAUAUUCAUUCUAUAAAUCCUUACUCAUAUGCUUCAUCCAGAUUUUUUUCUCAUUCGUUUCAGGUGUAUCUGGCACCAGCCUUUUCAACUCUGUGAGCCUCAUGGCUUAUAAUGUUUUCUACACCAGUGUUCCUGUUCUAGUCAGUGUUCUUGACAAAGAUCUCACUGAAAAAACUGUUAUGCAGCACCCGCAAAUAUUAUUUUACUGCCAAGCAGGGAGGCUUCUCAAUCCUACUACAUUUGCUGGAUGGUUUGGGCGUGCUCUUUUUCAUGCGAUUGUUGUGUUUGUGAUAACCAUACAUUCAUAUGCCUUUGAGAAAAGUGGGUUGGAGGAGGUAUCAAUGGUGGCACUUUCUGGCUGUGUCUGGUUACAAGCUUUUGUGGUCACAUUGGAGACCAACUCAUUUACAAUCUUCCAACAUGUUGCCAUAUGGGGAAAUUUAGUGGUUUUCUAUAUCAUCAAUUGGAUUGUGAGUGCUGUGCCACAAUCCGGGAUGUACACAAUCAUGCAUCGCUUGUGUAGACAGCCCUCUUACUGGAAUACUAUGUUUCUGAUAGUAGCUGCUGGGAUGGGUCCGGUGCUAGCUUUGAAGUACUUCAGGUACACAUACAAAUCAAGCAAAAUCAACAUUCUUCAGCAAGCGGAGCGCUUGGGUGGCCCCAUCCUCUCACUUGGAAACAUUGAACCGCAGCCAAGAUCAUUAUUAUUAGACAAUGAUCUGGAUCUGGCCCCCUUGUCAAUUUCUCAGUCCAAGAAUGGCCGCAACUCUGUUUUCGAGCCGCUUCUCUCAGAUUCACCCAAUGCCGUCAGACGCUCUUUCGGGCCCGGGGCUGCAUUCGACUUUUUCCCAUCCCAGUCCAAAUCUUCCACCUAUUCCCGAAAUAAGGACAAGUAA